AUGCAAGAAAGGCCGACAACGGUCGCCGCCUAUGCGGCCGGCGCCUCGCUGGCAGCCGUUGCUCUUUUCUACGUAUUCGGUCCGAACUACACAAUUGACGGGGACGAGUCGAAUGACAGCAAUCGCAAGAAGAGCAUCGUAGGCCUGUCCAAUCUGGCCAAUGACUGUUUCAUCAAUUCGGUGCUGCAGGCUCUAGCCGGGUUGGGUGAUCUGCGAGUCUACCUGAUCCACGAGCUACACCGGCGCCAGCUGGACGGACCGGAAACAUACAAUGCGCUGCCGAGUGACGAGGAACUCACGCCGGCACGGUCCGACAAGUUGCGGGAGUUACAGCAGGGGAUCACCACCCGCGCAUUGAAGGAAAUGCUGGACCGGCUGAACGAGCGGCCGAUUUUCAAAAAGACCAUCUCGGCGCGCAACUUCAUCCAGGCUUUGGAAUAUGCGUUCCGCACGCGCAUCAGUCGUAAUCAGCAGGAUGCGCAAGAGUUCUUGCAGAUCGUGCUUGAGCGACUCUGCGAUGAAUAUCAUGCUGGUGCACGCGCACGUCAACGAGCACUGGGCGCCAUUGGCGUGGCUGGUCCCACGACGGAAGAAGAGGGCAGCGCACAGGAGAGUUCGUCCGAAGUGGAGGUGCGCAUAGAUGACGGGUCGACCCAUGGACUGCCCGCCAUCAUCGAUACGAAACUCAAGGAAAUUGUCCAGGAGUCUGGUUUUCCAUUCGAAGGCAAGAUGGAGUCGCAGAUCGAGUGCCAGUUUUGUCAUUACCAAUACAAGCCGAAUCAGACGGCAUUCGUCAAUUUGACGCUACAGGUUCCGCAGAAGAGCUCGACUACGCUGAACGCAUGCUUCGACGGUCUCCUCAAGACCGAGUAUAUCGAAGAUUUUCGCUGCGAUCGAUGCCGUCUGCAGCAUACUGUGGAUGUCAAGACCGCCGAGUUAGCUCGUGCUCGAACCCAAGCUGACCGAGACCGAUUGGAGCAAGAAAUUCCGCGUCUCCGCGAAGCUCUAGAGACCGACCCUGAGGCCGAAGUAGAGGGAGUCGUAUUUCCUCCCGCAGAGACUAUACCGAAGCGCAGGAUUGCGCGCCAUAUGCGCAUUACGGAGUUCCCCAAGGUCAUCGCCAUUCACCUUUCGCGAUCCAUCUUUGACCAGAGCAGCUCAAGCAAGAACGCAGCGAAAGUCUCUUUCCCCGAGCGGCUCCCUCUAGGUAGCAUCUUGAGCCAAAAGUGGUACAAGCUCCUCGCCAUUGUCUGUCACAAAGGUAGUCAUCACAGCGGACACUACGAGUCCUUCCGCCGAAACCACAUCUACCCGCCCUUUUCCACCCCGGAGCCCUUCAGCUCCUAUGCGCAGAGUCGCACUGCCAGUCAGAGCCCCUCUGCAGCGCCCAGUCCGCGGAUUGUACCACGCAGUAGCCCGGAUCCCGAUGGCCUUGGAAGCAUUUCGAGAGCAGACUCAUCGACCUCGCUAUCCGGCGCCUCAGCCUCUGCUUCAGCGACCCAACUCACUCCUCCUCUCCCGCGGCCCACAACCUCCGGCUCGCGUCGUUCUUUCCAGAGCACCACCUCCCGCUCUUCUAAACACACGUUGUCCCCUGCCUCGGAUAGCCACAGUCCGACGACGGACCAGGGUCGCUGGAGUACGUCUGCCCCGCGUUCUGGCCCCGUACCCCGCUCUUCCCAGGAUAGCCCCACGGUUAGUUCCCGACUUCGACGGCGUCGGAAGCCGAACGAUCGCUGGUGGCGCAUUUCCGACGAAAAGAUUAAGGAAUGCAAGACCUCCGAUGUGCUGGGUAUGCAGCGGGAGGUCUAUUUACUGUUCUACGAAUUGGAGAAACCUGAGCCGGUUCAGUAG